AUGGAGCAGCCGUACCGGGAAACGGGGAAUUGGAACGAGCUCUUCCAAUCGGCGCUCGAUCUCCCGGAAGAUACUCCCGACCAGUGCUACAGGAAGUGGGAGCGCAUGACCACGGUUAACCGGGACUUCAAGGCGGCGGCGGUUACCUACGGGAAAACAAUCAUCUCGGAGUACUUCCUGGACUUGAAGCACAAGAGCAUCAAGCCCAACGAGAACCUCGGGGGGUCAGCAGGAGGGAUGAAGUUCGUGUGGCGAGGGAUUCUGUUCAAGCUCGCGGAUGGGUCGAGGGGGCCCUACCUCGGAAACGACGAAGCUGCCGCAAAAGGAGCGGGGCACGACUUGAGAGGCGCGACACACUACCUAGACGCACGCAUUCGCGGGCUGCGGUACGCGCUCCAGUGCCUCAUCGACUACAAGGGCUUCCGAAUGACGGCACAGGCCGUGCUUCCGGUGAGCUCGGAAACCCUUCGCUACGGGUCGUCUGACGCGGGCAGGACUGUUCAUAAUGACAGCGAAAACCUGGCCAAGAAGCUCAAGGCCGUGGCAAAGAAGCUCAACCUCCGCACGCACUGGGUCAAUGAUAAGGAAAUGUACUCGGCAUGCGACAUCGAAGGACACGUCGGUGAAGGCGGUAGCCACUACCUGCUUGACUUCGCCCGGAGCUUCCCACCAGAGAGCCCGAAAAAGUCUGAAAGGUAA